GCCGCUGCUGACUUUUCUUUUCCGCUCAGGUCUUUGCUGCCGUGGGAGCGUGGAUUUCAUCACCUAGAUUCACAAACUCACUGAAAAUGAGCGUUCCGGCUUUUAUCGACAUUACAGAAGAAGAUCAGGCUUCAGAGCUGAGGGCCUACAUCAAGGCAAAAGGAGCUGAUAUCUCAGAGGAGAACUCUGAAGGAGGACUACAUGUAGACUUGGCUCAAAUCAUCGAGGCAUGUGAUGUCUGUCUCAAGGAUGAUGACAAAGAUGUGGAGAGUGUGAUGAACAGCAUUGUGUCUUUGCUGUUGAUCCUGGAGACAGAAAAGCAGGAGGCUCUCAUUGAGAGUCUCUGCGAGAAGCUGGUGAAGUUCCGUGAAGGAGAGAGACCCUCCCUCAGGAUGCAGCUGCUGAGUAAUCUUUUCCAUGGCAUGGAUGAGAACACACCAGUGAGAUACACUGUCUUCUGUAGCCUCAUUAAAGUGGCAGCAACUUGUAAUGCCAUCUCUUUCAUCCCUACUGAUCUUGAUCAGGUGCGCAAGUGGAUUGUUGACUGGAAUCUGAACACAGAGAAGAAACACACACUCUUAAGGCUGGUAUAUGAAGCUCUGGUUGACUGCAAAAAAAGUGAGGCUGCAGCGAAAGUGAUGGUGGAGCUGCUGGGAAGUUACACAGAAGACAACGCUUCACAAGCACGUGUUGAUGCCCACAGAUGUAUUGUCCGUGCUCUCAAAGACCCCAACACUUUCCUGUUUGACCACCUGCUCACUCUGAAACCUGUACGUUUCUUGGAGGGUGAACUCAUCCAUGAUCUCUUAACCAUCUUUGUGAGUGCCAAACUAGCAGCAUAUGUAAAGUUUUACCAGAGUAACAAAGACUUCAUCGAUUCCCUUGGCCUGUCUCAUGAGCAAAACAUGGCCAAGAUGCGUCUGCUGACAUUCAUGGGCAUGGCAGUGGAAUUCAAGGAGAUCUCCUUUGACACUAUGCAACAGGAGCUGCAGAUUGGAGCUGAUGACGUUGAGGCUUUUGUCAUUGACGCUGUUCGGACCAAGAUGGUGUACUGCAAAAUCGAUCAGACGCAGCGAAAAGUUGUUGUGAGUCACAGCACACACCGUACCUUUGGAAAGCAGCAGUGGCAGCAGCUCUAUGACAGUCUAACCUCCUGGAAGGCCAACCUCGCAACUGUCAAAACCAGUCUGCAGGCCCUUUCGCCUUCUGCCUAAUUCCACCUCAACCCCUCUGCUCACAAUGCCUAACUUGCUAUUCUCUGUUUUCAAAAUUCUCAGACUGAUCAGGUUUUUAUAUAUUCAUCCAAUAAAAGACCCGUGAUGAUGA